CUCUCAAAAUCGCGUCCGUCUCCGGUGGCGAAAGCUCGGCCUUAUCGCGGAUCGCGCUCGUUAAAGUGCACUAAAAGUUCCGGCGAGCGGACUCGGAUCCCCGAUUAUCGAGUAUCCAGGCUCGCGAUUCGGGGCGGGGCGGGGGGACGCAGUGCUCGCAGCGCCGUCGCCCGAAAAUGAAGUGAGGAUUUUCGGCGAAAAAUGAGAGUGCAUGUGGUAUUGGUGACGUGGUUUGGUGUCUUCAACGCGGUGUCCCUUCAACGCCCGCGGCAGGGGUCUUCCUCGGCGCUGCCGUCCCUCAACCUGGCCGAGAACUUCCUCCAACUCAACAAGAUCAUCGACAGGGUCAACAGUCAGCAAGCUUUGUGGAAGGCGGGGAGAAAUUUUGGAGAAAAUACGACAGUGAAUGACCUGGUGGACCUCUUGGGGGUGGAAUGGUCGAUUAGCACGGUGCUGUUCCUGCGGAAAAUGAACGACCCCAACUGGCCUCCUGACGAGAGAGUCCCAGAAUUUUUCGACGCACGAGAGAAGUGGAAAAACUGCACUGUCAUCGGCGAGAUUUUGGACCAAAGUCAAUGCGGCUCUUGUUGGGCUAUGGCACCUGCACAAGUAGCCACCGAUCGGUACUGCAUAGCCUCAGGGGGACGCCAUAAUAUUAGGCUCUCAACUCAGGAAAUCUUGGACUGUGCCAUCAUGCGCUACAGGCGUGGCUGCAAAGGCGGGAUGCCAGCCGAAGCAUACCAGUUUAUGCGUAAACAUGGGCUUGUGAGCGGCGGGACUUUUGGGUCGGAGGAGGGCUGUCAACCUUAUUUUAUGCCCAAGUGUGCCCACCACGGUAUCGGCCCUUUCACACCUUGCAGCCGAACGCAGCAGAAGAUUCCAGUCUGCAAAACGAAAUGUACCAACGAUAAAUACAGCGUUGAAUUUAAGGAUGAUCUCAGAAAAUUUAAUACCAUUUAUAAGCUGGGAACGAAUGAGAAAUGGAUCCAGAAAGACAUCAUGACGUAUGGACCUUUAUCAACCCAGUUUCAAGUACACGAGGAUUUUUUUCUGUACAAAUCAGGGGUAUACGAGCCGAUGGCCUCGCUCUUCCUCUCGCCGCAGGGCACCGCGCGGGGUCACACGGUGAAGAUCAUCGGCUGGGGCACCGAGAAAGGGAUCCCUUACUGGUUGUGCAUCAACUCGUGGAACGAACACUGGGGCGAUCGUGGCAUCGUCAAGAUGAGGCGCCGCUCGCCACUUCUCCUUCUCGAGCUACUCAUGUACGGCGCCCUCCCCACGAUCGACACCAAGUUCUUCCAGCCUCAGUACCAGCCGAAACCUCCUCAGUCACCUCCAGAGCUCCCGCAGAAACCGCCUCAGUCACCUCCACAGGUUUCGCAGAAACCGCCUCAGUCACCUCCACAGAUUUCGCAGAAACCGCCUCAAUCACCUCCACAGAUUUUGCAGAAUCCGCCUCAGUCACCUCCACGGGUUUCGCAGAAACCGCCUCAGUCACCUCCGCAGAUUUUGCAGAAUCCGCCUCAGUCACCUCCGCAGAUUUUGCAGAAACCGCCUCCACAGGUUUCACAGAAACCGCCUCAAUCACCUCCACAGGUUUCACAGAAACCGCCUCAAUCACCUCCACAGAUUUCGCAGAAACCGCCUCAAUCGCCUCCACAGCUCCCGCCGAAACCGCCUCAGUCACCUCCACAAUUCCCAUCGCCCAAUCAGAUUAAAUCCACGACUAAGAGGUUUGCGCCACGCCAGGACACCAUCUCCCAAGAUGUCAGUCUUUCAUCUAGUUCCUCUCAACCCCCCGAUGAUCCGGCACGGAAUGGUCCUGGAGGAUCCUCAAAAGACGCUACCGCUGGACCCUCCGAACCAUCCACUGACGCACAAAGGCACGGAGGAAAGUCUUCCGAUGAGAAUAGAGAGCGGCCUUUUCAGGCUUCACCGAGUAAACGGUCACAAGAACACGAAGAACUAGCCACUCAGGCAUCAGCGAACCAGAAACCGACCUCCCGAUUACCAAAGAACGAGCUAUCAGCUACCAAAUCACCCGAACACGAGCAAUCAGCCCGGUCGGCAGGAAACGAGACGCAGGUUUCCCGGUCGCUUAAGAACGAGAACGCAACCACGGAAUCGCGAAGGAAUGAUCAAUCAGUUGCCCGAGCAUCAGAAGGUGAAAAGCAAACCUCGCAGUCGUCAGAAAACCAAACACCGGCUGCUCGGUUACAAGAGAAUGAGCACUUGGCCACCGUAAUACCGGGGCAUGAAAGAUCAGCUUUUCAAUCAUCAGAGGGCCAGAUAACAGCCGCCAAGUCAUCGGAGAACGAGCAACCAGCAUUUCGGUCAUCAGAAAACCUAACGACGGCUGCUCGGUUGCCAGAAAUUGAGGAAGAGGCCGCGGAGGUACGAUUGAAAAACCAACUAGCCGCUCGGUCAGCUGCAAACCAAACACCGGCCACGAAGUCUUCAGUAAACGAGCAUGUAGGCACUCGAUUGUCAGAAAACCGAACACCAGCUGCUCGAAUGGCGGAAAUAGAGGAGGCAGCCACCCAGCCACCAUCAAAUGUCAAACCAGCCGCUCGGUCACCAUCAGGAAACCAAACACCGGCCGCUCAGAUGAAAGAAAAUGGAGAUUCAGCCACCGAAUUACUAGAAAAUGAACGAUCAGCAUCCAAAAGUCAGCCAACGGCCACCUGGUCACCUUCAAAUGAGCAACCAGUCACUCGGUCAUCAGAGAAGCAAACACCGGUUGCUCGAUUAUCAGAAAAUGAACAAGCGGUCACCCUUUCGCCAGAGCAACCAGUCACUCGGUCAUCGGAGAACCAAACUCUGGCUGCCAGGUGACAAGAAAACGAAAACCGAACCAGGCACAGGUUCAACAGAAAACCUAACACUUGCUGUUGUGUUAUCAGAAACUCGGACAUCGGUCAUUCACAAGAAAGAGAGAAAAAAGCCACUAUCGGGUAACUCGAAAAUUCAUAAAUCGCCAAUUCGUCAAUAGAAUAUUAGAUACGAACUCCUCAGUCCUCAUAGGAUCAGUAACCGUUCCCAAGGUGAAGUCAUUAGAUGCAUCCAGAGGACAACAGGGAUAGAGAUCGCGAAUCUAGAGCCGCGACCGAUGUGCGAUCAAACGGAAAUUAACAUAAAACUUAUUUUUAAUUUUGAUUCCAGCCAUAAAAAUGCCUAAAAUUUGAAAAUGUUUACUUCAUAAUCAACAAAAACAACAUGAAAGGUACAACCGCCAGUUGCGAGGAGGAAAAAAAUAAAAACAGUUAAAAAGGCCUUUAAGAAAGAAAAAAAUUGUUAAAUAAGUGAUAACGGAGGAAGCAUAUGAAUUUCCCACACGACUUCUUGAAGUCCCGAAGUUCUUAGCGUGACAAGGCACAACCUAAAGUUUCAGAGUGCCUCUCGGCUUCGGACAGGACAUCCUUUCCAAAAAUUACUAGCAGCAAUGUGUUUCAUGAUAAACCAGCUGCUUCGAAUUUGAUAGGACUAUCUUACGCAAAAAAUAACGAUGCUACGAAAAAAGGUGAUUAUUACUUUAUCUUUGAAAGUUUCUGCUCAGAUUUCAUUGAUCUUACAAAUCGCCAUCAAUUUCUCUUAGGAGAAAAGAUUACGAUAAAUAUUUUCUUCCAUAAAAAAUUGUAGAGUAAACAUAUUUGAUUCUUAAACAUGGAGAAGAUUAUGUGCUAAGAUGAAUUUCCUACUAACAGAUUAAUUUUCAAAUAUCUUUGUAAGCACCUCUGAAUUUUGAUAAAUUGUACAGUUAUGAAUGAGGGUGGAAGUUGAAUUGCUUUCUGUGGCUUCAAGGAAAUUUUAUAGGAAAAAAAAAACUGUCACAGAGUUAAUUUCAUUACGUUUCUCGUUCAUUCUUUGAAAUGCUCCAAAAAAAGAUCAGUUUUAAUAUUGAGUGACAACCAUGAACGUUUAGUUUAGCUGCUUAUAAAGUAAAGACAUGUGAUCAGCUGGUUAAGGAUUUUCAUUGCAUUUGUUUAUUCAAAAAUGUGAGGAAUGAGAUAAUAGUAGAAGAAGAAUACACACUUUGUAAUGUAACAAAACAUUUGGCAACGUGGUUAACAUCUGCGCAAUUAGAGGCUCGUCCCAUUAAUAGGAUGAUUACUGGUAUCUCAUGACUUAUUAUCAUUGUGGAACCCGUUUACUCUCCUUCAUUUUUUUUCGAAUGUAAUAAAACUCGUUUAACGUCAUUA